AUGGGUCGCAAUCGAGUCCUCUCGUUUAUGUCCCAGUUUUCCACUGGUACCAGGUCGCCGUCGCCCUCGUCGUCGCCCCCCAACGAGCAAUCCGGCAAACACACGCCCGAGUCCUUCCUUACCCAGCAGCACCUCGACUCUGUGCGCCGUCCCGUCACGCCCCCCUCGCACCCGGAUUAUGGCACGCCCGUAAACGGCUCCCCUCGCAACAACAGCCCCAGCCAGCGCCCGCGCAGCACCUCGCGUCCCAUGUCCAUGGUCCAGACCUACCAGCCGCCCCUCAUGGAUAUCAACGAGGACACGAUACCCGAGCUGCAGCCCAUCUUCACCUUUCUCAAUAGCCACUCCAACAAGCUCUACCAGGAGGGCUACUUUCUCAAGCUCGAUGACCAAAACUCCCAGGGCAAGCCCAAUCCUGACAGGACGUGGACCGAGUGCUUUGCGCAGCUCGUCGGCACCGUCUUGUCACUAUGGGAUGCAGCCGAGCUGGACGCCGCCGGCGAGGACGGCGAAGUCCUUCCCAAGUUUAUCAACCUCACCGACGCGUCAAUCAAAAUGAUUGAUUCUCUGCCGACGCGCUCCAGCGACGAGCAGCCUCUACAGAAUAUCCUCAGCAUCUCCACGGCCGGUCGGAACCGAUACCUGCUCCACUUCAACUCACAUCACUCCCUUAUCCAGUGGACGGCCGGCAUUCGCCUCGCCAUGUACGAGCAUUCCACCCUCCAGGAGGCCUACACUGGCGCCCUCGUCGCCGGCAAGGGCAAGACUUUGAACAACAUCAAUGUCAUCAUGGAACGGUCGCGUUUCAAGACGGAGGAGUGGGUACGAGUCCGCUUCGGCGCCGGCGUCCCGUGGAGGCGAUGCUGGUGUGUCAUUACUCCUCCGGAUGAGAAGGAGUACGCAAAGCUUCAAAAGGAGAUGAAGAAGAGGUCGCCCUACGACCGCUCCGCCGUUCCCGCUCUCAAGGGCGACAUUAGGUUUUACGACACAAGGAAAGACGGCAAGAAACAAAAGAAGGCUCAACCCAUUGCCACCAUCACCGACGCCUACUCGGCCUACGCCAUCUACCCACAGGCCAAGUCCUUGGUCGACGCCUCGACGCUUCUCAAGGUUGAGGGCCACGUCACCGUCCACUCGGAUCCUCCCUCCUCCACCGAGGGCUUCAUCUUCAUCAUGCCCGAGACUCAUCCUGCCGUCAGCGGAUUCGAGAUGCUGCUGCGCUUCCUCUUCCCGACGUGGGACACCUUUUGCCUUUAUGGCCGUCCCGGCAGGCUCGUCGCAAGCGUGCUUGACCCCAGAUCCCUCAUGUUUGCAUUGCCCAAACACAAGCGCUAUGGCUACUUGGAACCCCUUGACGUCUCGACGCUUAUUCUCGAUGAUGGCAGCGCGGCCUGGACCGAGAAGGAGUGGAGGAAGCGGCUCAAGGACGCCACUGGCACGAGGAUGAACGCCAUCGAAGAUGGCACCAGGUCCCACUCUCGAAGCGCGAGCAGAUCCAGUGCGAGACUCAGCGGUGGAGGUGCCGGAGCCAACGGCGUCAAGCCCAGGGUCGGCUUCAACAACAACCAAGUGUCUGUACGGUCCUCGCGAUCCUUCUCCUUGAAUGGAGGAGGGUCCCGGACAGAUACGGCGCUUCCUGAUCGCCGCAUGCACCCGCCUAUGCCGGGAACAGCCCAACCUCACCCCCUGCACAACGCGUCAGAUCCUGAGCUGGGCGGCAGCAACUUCUCUCCGAACGUCUACGGUACCCCCCGGGACCGGCAGCCGUCUGGAGAACCAGGAAGCUCAGAUGAAGAACUCGGUAACUCUCCCCCGCCGGAAAUGCGGGAUCUCGAGGGCAUGCGUAACAUGCAGACCCCGGAGCCCGUCUCGCGCCCGCCGGCCUUUAAUCACGGACCACAGGCGCGCCCCACCAGCAAGGCAUAUCACUCCCCCGAGCUCCGACGUGCCAACAGCCGUCUGUCCAGCACAACGCUAGAUCAGAUGGCCAAGGCUGGGGGAACGUCUGCUAACCAGUACGGUUCACGCGAAGCUCUGAGCCCGACCAGCCAAGACCGACCGUCUGGCAGACUGCCCCCGCCACCUCACGGCAUCCCCAACCAACGGUCCAGGUCGCCCAUGGCCUAUCCUCCCCACGGCCAUCCCAACAUGAUGAACGAUCCCAACUACGCACCACGCCCACACACGGCUGACGGACGCCGCCCACCUCAUCCCCCGGGACCACCUCGGUCCCCUAAUCCGCACCACCCAAACUUUCGGCCAGACCAACAUCGCCCUCCGCCUGGCGGACCUGGAGGCCCGCCUCCUCCACAAGGACGUGGGCGACCCAACCAGCGCCCCCCACCCGGCCACGGCCCGCCCUAUCACGAGCACCACGGCAAUUAUGGGCCUGGUCCUGGCCCUAGACCUUAUCCGGGCCCUCAGGGCCGGGGCGGCCCUCCCCCAAACUUUCAUCCGUCACGAAAGCCGCUGCCGCCCAAGACGCACCAGAGCAUCACGCCCAACGACAUCAUUGAUCAUUACGCUUCCGACGCCCACCGUGGCGGUCCUCCCCCCGAUAGACGACAGCCCCCGCCGCCGCACCAGCAAGGUCCCGGAUAUGGCGGCCCGGACAACUACCACAACGGUAGUUAUUCCGGCAUGGGCCCCGACCAUUCGCAUGACGGACGCGGGUCCUCCGAUCGCCAACGAGCAGGGCCCCUGAGGCCCAUGGGUCCCGGUGAGGCACCGGCACGACGCAACCCCGAGUUUGACGUUCCCGAGGUAAAUUCUGGCCCUGCUGUUGACAAUCGCACCGUCCGGGUGCCUCGGAAAGGUCGAAGCAUCCAGAACAAGCAAGCGAUCAUGCUGGGCGUCAGUCCCCUGGACCGGUGCCACUACUUGCAAGAUAGGAUCUCGAGGAUCAAGCACAAUGAACCGUGGCGGAGCACAUUCAGGCGCAGAAACUCAACGGCUGACACCUGA